AUGCUCUCAGUCCAGCCAGACACCAAGCCGAAAGGUUGUGCUGGCUGCAACCGUAAGAUUAAAGACCGGUAUCUUCUAAAGGCCCUGGACAAAUAUUGGCAUGAAGACUGCCUGAAGUGUGCCUGCUGUGACUGUCGCCUGGGGGAGGUGGGCUCUACCUUGUACACCAAAGCCAACCUGAUCCUUUGUCGCAGAGACUAUCUGAGGUUAUUCGGCGUUACAGGAAACUGUGCUGCCUGCAGUAAGCUCAUACCCGCUUUUGAGAUGGUGAUGAGAGCUAAGGACAACGUUUAUCACCUGGACUGUUUUGCAUGUCAACUUUGUAAUCAGAG